AUGAAACGUAUAAACGAUUAUUUUACUAGUAAUACUAGCGCCACAAGUGCUAAAAAAAAUUGUACUCAAUUUGAUGCUGUUGAAAAUAUAAAUUCCUCCCCUUCUGGUAGCUGUAAUUUUGAACUUACAACUGAGAAAGUCUUCAGCAAGGAACCAUCAUUCUCUAUAGAUACUUAUAAAUUACAACUUGAAGAUGCUGACUGUGAGACCAAAAAAACAAGGGGAAAUGAUUCUAGUGACGAUGAUCAUGAUAAUUAUAGUGAUAUUACAUCAAAUCUGGAUUAUAUUAACACAAGUAGUGAUGAUAUUGAUGACUGUGAAUCUGAAGAUGCAAUUGAUGAAGCUAGUGAUAUUACAUCUGUUCCUACAAGCAGCCAAUCAGUCAAAAUCGUUAAACAAGUUCCUGGACCAAAUGAUAUUUCUCAAACCCUAGAUGAUGGACCAAAACAGCCAAGAUUGGUAUGUUACCCUAAAACCAAAUUUGGUAAAAGAAUGAGACAUUUCUCAUCAAAAUGGUUUGAUAGUUAUAAUUGGCUUGAGUAUAGUAUAAUAGAUAAUUCUGCUUUUUGUUUUCCAUGUCGUUUUUUUGCCAAAAACAAAGACAAACCCAUUUUCAUAAGUGUAGGUUUCAAAAAUUGGAAAAAUGCAUUAGAUCAAAAUUCUGGUUUAAGGAAACACAAUAAUAGUGAAGAACACAUGAUUUCAAACACUAUGUGGAUGUCCUACUUAGACAUGAAAAAAUUAGGUAAUUUGUCUGUGGCAUCAUUGAUAAAUGAAGGUCAUAAGAAAUUAGUUUUAGAAAAUCAAAAUUAUAUCAAGAUGAUUGGGAGAACAUUGUUGUACACCGCUAUUCAAGGCAUAGCACAGAGGGGUGACAAUGAAGAAGAAAGUUGUGCUAACCGUGGUAACUUCAUUGAACUUUUAAAUUUAAUUGGUGAUAUUAGUGAUAAAUUUAAAAGUAAAAGUAAAACAUUACCAAAUAAUGCUAAAUAUACAAGCCCUCAAAUCCAGAAUGAAAUGUUUACAAUUUUCAAUAAAAUGAUCCGUAACAAAAUUAUUGAUGAAUUACAAAAGUGUCAGUAUUUUUCUAUAAUUGUUGAUGAAACAAAAGAUAUUACUAAAGUGGAACAGUUAUCAGUUAUAUUAAGAUAUUACUUAGAUGGUAUAGUAUAUGAACGUUUCAUGGGGUUUAAAGCUGCUCAAUCAUUGACCGCUAGUUCUCUCUUUCAAUAUAUUAAAGAAAUACUUUCUAUUCAUAAUGUUGAUAUACUGAAAUGUGUUGCUCAAACCUACGAUGGUGCCAGUGUCAUGAGUGGAAAGAAUAAUGGGGUACAAGCAUUAUUUCGUCAAGAAGUACCUCAGGCUAUAUAUGUACACUGCUACAAUCAUAGGCUUAAUCUUGUAAUUUCUGACGUUUGCAAAAAUAUUCCAACUGUGAAAAUGUUUUUUGAUAUUGUAGAAAAUUUAUAUGUAUUUGUAUCUGGUUCUGCUAUACAUUCAAAGUUUAUGGAAAUUCAAACAAUUAUGAAGUACAGACCUGCUGUUGAACUUAAAAGGAUAUGUUUGACAAGAUGGACAGCGCAAGUCUUUGCUUGCUUAGCAUUAAAAAAAGGUCUUAGUCCACUGCUAGUUUUAUUAAAUAAAUUGAUAUUUGAGAAAGGUGACCGUGCAGCUGAGUCAAAGGGCUUACUACAUUUAAUAGAUUUUGACUUUGUAUUUAAUUUAAUUAUCUUUUGUGAUAUUCUUCAAACUCUAAAAACAACAAGUGAUUAUUUGCAAAAUGUAAAAGCUGAAAUGGCUGAAUCUUUAAUACUUAUUUCAUCAAUUAUAACUACUUUUAAAGCCAUGAGAACUGAUGAAACCGAGAACAAUAAUUCCAAUUUUAAUAAAAUGUACAUAGGGGCUGUAAAUAUUUGUAAAGAAAAUAACAUAUCGAUACCAAAUGAACAUAGUAAAAAAAAAAGAACAAAAAAAGUCCCCGAAAAAUUUAAACAGUACAUAUUUACUGAGAACAGUUCUUUAGAAACUAAUAGAGUUUUAUCAAAAAAUGGUUUAAGACAACAUGUUUACAUACCUGCGUUGGAUUAUAUAAUAAAAGAACUAGAAGCACGAUUUACAGAUAAUUAUUGUGUGUUGUCAUCAAUAUCUUACUUACAUCCCCAAAAUGAACAGUUUUUAAGUUAUGAACAUUUGAAACCUUUAGCUGUUCAUUAUAAUCUUGAUCUAGAAAUACUAAGGGCAGAACUAAAAAUUUUACCAACAACUAUCAAGAAAUAUCAAAUUCAAAAUAUUAAUGUUAAAGUAAACAACUUAGUGAAUUUAAUUGAACUACUUGAGAACACUAUGAAAGAAGAACCGACUAGAGAUGGUGGUAUCAGGUGGAUGUCAUGGGUAAUUGGCGGUAGCAAGAACGUUCAACGAAAUGACGAUACUAUACCUGGGAAGCAUCGUUUGUGGCAGUUGAUUCAAAUGAGAAGAAUACACGGGAGUAAAGUUGGCGGUACAGGCCGUAUGUUGUCGUCAAGUGAAAAACUUUGCCUUACACCACUUAUUUUUCGUCAGAGUUCUACCGUUGACGGAGACGUAUGUUUGUUGACGGACAGCCCUUACAGAAUUUUGAGAGUAAGUAGCUGUAAUUUUGAACUUACAACUGAGAAAGUCUUCAGCAAGGAACCAUCAUUCUCUAUAGAUACUUAUAAAUUACAACUUGAAGAUGCUGACUGUGAGACCAAAAAAACAAGGGGAAAUGAUUCUAGUGACGAUGAUCAUGAUAAUUAUAGUGAUAUUACAUCAAAUCUGGAUUAUAUUAACACAAGUAGUGAUGAUAUUGAUGACUGUGAAUCUGAAGAUGCAAUUGAUGAAGCUAGUGAUAUUACAUCUGUUCCUACAAGCAGCCAAUCAGUCAAAAUCGUUAAACAAGUUCCUGGACCAAAUGAUAUUUCUCAAACCCUAGAUGAUGGACCAAAACAGCCAAGAUUGGUAUGUUACCCUAAAACCAAAUUUGGUAAAAGAAUGAGACAUUUCUCAUCAAAAUGGUUUGAUAGUUAUAAUUGGCUUGAGUAUAGUAUAAUAGAUAAUUCUGCUUUUUGUUUUCCAUGUCGUUUUUUUGCCAAAAACAAAGACAAACCCAUUUUCAUAAGUGUAGGUUUCAAAAAUUGGAAAAAUGCAUUAGAUCAAAAUUCUGGUUUAAGGAAACACAAUAAUAGUGAAGAACACAUGAUUUCAAACACUAUGUGGAUGUCCUACUUAGACAUGAAAAAAUUAGGUAAUUUGUCUGUGGCAUCAUUGAUAAAUGAAGGUCAUAAGAAAUUAGUUUUAGAAAAUCAAAAUUAUAUCAAGAUGAUUGGGAGAACAUUGUUGUACACCGCUAUUCAAGGCAUAGCACAGAGGGGUGACAAUGAAGAAGAAAGUUGUGCUAACCGUGGUAACUUCAUUGAACUUUUAAAUUUAAUUGGUGAUAUUAGUGAUAAAUUUAAAAGUAAAAGUAAAACAUUACCAAAUAAUGCUAAAUAUACAAGCCCUCAAAUCCAGAAUGAAAUGUUUACAAUUUUCAAUAAAAUGAUCCGUAACAAAAUUAUUGAUGAAUUACAAAAGUGUCAGUAUUUUUCUAUAAUUGUUGAUGAAACAAAAGAUAUUACUAAAGUGGAACAGUUAUCAGUUAUAUUAAGAUAUUACUUAGAUGGUAUAGUAUAUGAACGUUUCAUGGGGUUUAAAGCUGCUCAAUCAUUGACCGCUAGUUCUCUCUUUCAAUAUAUUAAAGAAAUACUUUCUAUUCAUAAUGUUGAUAUACUGAAAUGUGUUGCUCAAACCUACGAUGGUGCCAGUGUCAUGAGUGGAAAGAAUAAUGGGGUACAAGCAUUAUUUCGUCAAGAAGUACCUCAGGCUAUAUAUGUACACUGCUACAAUCAUAGGCUUAAUCUUGUAAUUUCUGACGUUUGCAAAAAUAUUCCAACUGUGAAAAUGUUUUUUGAUAUUGUAGAAAAUUUAUAUGUAUUUGUAUCUGGUUCUGCUAUACAUUCAAAGUUUAUGGAAAUUCAAACAAUUAUGAAGUACAGACCUGCUGUUGAACUUAAAAGGAUAUGUUUGACAAGAUGGACAGCGCAAGUCUUUGCUUGCUUAGCAUUAAAAAAAGGUCUUAGUCCACUGCUAGUUUUAUUAAAUAAAUUGAUAUUUGAGAAAGGUGACCGUGCAGCUGAGUCAAAGGGCUUACUACAUUUAAUAGAUUUUGACUUUGUAUUUAAUUUAAUUAUCUUUUGUGAUAUUCUUCAAACUCUAAAAACAACAAGUGAUUAUUUGCAAAAUGUAAAAGCUGAAAUGGCUGAAUCUUUAAUACUUAUUUCAUCAAUUAUAACUACUUUUAAAGCCAUGAGAACUGAUGAAACCGAGAACAAUAAUUCCAAUUUUAAUAAAAUGUACAUAGGGGCUGUAAAUAUUUGUAAAGAAAAUAACAUAUCGAUACCAAAUGAACAUAGUAAAAAAAAAAGAACAAAAAAAGUCCCCGAAAAAUUUAAACAGUACAUAUUUACUGAGAACAGUUCUUUAGAAACUAAUAGAGUUUUAUCAAAAAAUGGUUUAAGACAACAUGUUUACAUACCUGCGUUGGAUUAUAUAAUAAAAGAACUAGAAGCACGAUUUACAGAUAAUUAUUGUGUGUUGUCAUCAAUAUCUUACUUACAUCCCCAAAAUGAACAGUUUUUAAGUUAUGAACAUUUGAAACCUUUAGCUGUUCAUUAUAAUCUUGAUCUAGAAAUACUAAGGGCAGAACUAAAAAUUUUACCAACAACUAUCAAGAAAUAUCAAAUUCAAAAUAUUAAUGUUAAAGUAAACAACUUAGUGAAUUUAAUUGAACUACUUGAGAAGUAUAAGUUAGCUUUCAAUGAAACUUAUAAGCUAGCUACUAUUGUAAUUACUGUUCCAGUAUCAAGUGCAGCUUGUGAAAGAACUUUUUCAUUGUUGGCUUUUUUCACAAAACUAUUCAACGUCUGUACUGAUAUGAUGACUUCAUCACCUUUGGAGGUCAUAAGACAAUGGCAUAAAGUAUUCUAUGGUUGCAAGGCAAUUCAGAAAUUAUCUUCAGAAGAACUAAUUAAGGCCGCCGAAAGUGGUAAUUUAGAUGAUUUCAACCGUCUUUUUAUAGCAGAACCAGCUCGUCUAGAAGUGAGAGAUUCGAAAGGUCGAGCAGCCGUACAUCAAGCAGCUGCCAGAAAUAAAUUAAAUAUAUUGAAAUUUAUUCGUAAUCACGGUGGAGAUUUGAACUUAAAAGACUCGUGUGGAAACACUCCAUUGCACAUAGCAAUUGAACACAAUUCUCUGGAUGCAGUGGAAUAUUUGCUUCAAAAUGGUGCUGACCCGAGUGCAUUGAACGACAAAAAGCAAGCGGCUUUACAUUUGGCGGUCGAGCUAAACCGCGUAGCCGUUCUUCAAGUAAUGUGCAAAUUCAAAGAUCGGAUCGAAAUCGGCCAAGGUGGCAAACAUGGUAGGACAGCACUUCACUUGGCUGCCAUACACGAUAAUGAUGAAUGUGCUCGUAUAUUGGUCACAAGUUUCGCAGAUUCAAAAUUAAUAUUUUCCGUUGACGAAGAUACUAUACCAAAUCGAAAGUCAUAUAGUUUCAGUUUCUUAUGUACAAUAUUCAAAAUGUGCUUGACGUGGAAAUUUACUAAAUAUUAUAAGAAACGGUGCAAUAUUUGUCCGAUAAAGAUGCGAGACCUGGGUGCAGAUAAUAGACAACCUUGCCACAAUGGAUAUUACCCAAUUCACGAAGCAGCAAAGAAUGCAGCGUCCAGAACGAUGGAAGUACUUUUGCAAUGGGCUGAGAGCAGAGGCAAUUCACGACAUCAAAUGAUAUCGUUUUUCGACGCCGAAGGAAACGUGCCGCUUCAUUCUGCAGUGCACAGUGGAGAUUUUAAGGCUGUGGAAUUAUGUUUGAAGUCUGGAGCUAAAAUUUCAACGCAACAAUAUGAUUUAUCCACUCCAGUUCAUUUGGCCUGUGCUCAAGGAGCCAUUGACAUAGUCAGAUUAAUGUUUGGUUUACAGCCUGAUGAAAAGGCCCAGUGCUUAUGUUCCUGUGAUGUACAGAAAAUGACGCCGCUUCAUUGUGCUGCUAUGUUUGACCGAUCUGAAAUCGUACAAUACCUCAUAGAAGAGGGAGCCGACAUAAACGCUUUGGACAAAGAAAGUAGAUCCCCAUUGUUGUUAGCUGCCAGCAGGUCGGGGUGGAGAACCGUUGCAAGUUUAAUUCGAUUGGGCGCUGACAUUCAAGUUAAGGAUUCCAGUAAAAGGAAUGUCUUACAUUUAGUAGUUAUGUAUGGAGGAAGACUUGACGAAUUCGCUCACGAGAUCACUAUGGCUAACCAUCAAGGAGCUUUAGAAAUGUUAUUAAACGAAAAAGAUAAUACUGGAUGUUCACCUUUGCAUUACGCAAGUAGAGGUGGUCAUAUACGAAGUUUGGAAAGCUUAAUUCGGUUAGGUGCAUGUGUGAAUAUAAAAAAUUAUAACGGCGAGAGCCCUUUACAUUUUGGGGCUAGAUAUGGAAGAUAUAAUAUUGUGAAAAGAUUAUUGAACUCAGAAAAGGGGGCUUUUAUUAUAAACGAAUCGGAUGGUGAAGGACUUACGCCUUUACAUAUAGCAUCUCAGCAAGGUCAUACAAAAGUAGUGCAAUUAUUCUUGAACAGAGGAGCCUUACUUCAUCGCGAUCACAAAGGUCGUAAUCCCCUUCAUUUGGCUGCUAUGAGUGGUCAUACACAAACAAUAGAACUAUUACAUUCCGUGCACUCACAUCUACUAGAUCAAUGCGAUAAGGAUAAAAAUACGGCUUUGCAUUUAGCUACUAUGGAGAAUAAACCAAAUGCUAUAACAUUGUUAUUGUAUAUGAACUGUAAAUUAUUAUUCAACUCCUUAGAUUUGAGUGCAAUUGAUUACGCAAUUUACUAUAAGUUUCCCGAAGCUGCAUUAUCGAUGGUUACUCACGAUUCACGAGCUGAAGAAAUAAUGACAUUGAAAUCAGAUAGGCAUCCUUGCGUUACAUUGGCGUUAAUAGCGUCUAUGCCACGAGUUUUUGAAGCGGUACAAGACAAAUGCAUUACAAAAGCUAAUUGUAAAAAAGAUUCCAAACAAUUUUAUAUAAAGUAUUCGUUCUCAUGUCUUCAAUGUCCAAUGGUUCAAAAAAAUGGAACGACUGGUACAUUAAAGCCCACUCCAUUACCUGCUUUGAACGCAAUGGUCAACCAUGGUAGAGUUGAACUCUUAGCACAUCCGUUAAGUCAAAAAUACUUACAAAUGAAAUGGAAUACAUAUGGAAAAUAUUUUCAUCUUGCACAUUUGUUGUUCUACACGAUAUUUUUGAUAUUUGUAACUUUAUUUUCAUCUCAAUUAAUGGUCUACAACCAAAAUACCUUUAAUGAAACGAGUAAUGCUCUAUUAACUGUCGAUAGCACGCCAAAUGUAGCUACACUGAAGACAGUGGCAGUUAUGAUUGUAAUUUAUGUAUUCAUGAACAGUGUACGAGAAGGGAUUCAAUUUUAUCAGCAGGGUUGGCCUUAUCUAUUGGACCCCACCAACGUUGUGGCAAUAUUGUUAUACUUUUCAGCUAUAGCCAUGAUUGCACCGAUAUUAACGAAUUGUUUUUCGGAGUAUCAAAUAUCUUUUGCCAGCAUAACUGUAUUCCUUAGCUGGUUUACAUUACUUCUUAACCUACAGAGAUUCGAUCAGGUAGGAAUAUACGUUGUUAUGUUUCUCGAAAUCUUACAAACCUUGAUCAAAGUACUGCUCUUAUUUUCUAUAUUAAUUGCUGCUUUUGGUUUAGCGUUUUACAUAUUACUAUCAAGGGGUAAUCAUUUAUCAUUCAGUACGAUACCAAUGUCAUUAUUACGGACUUUCGCAAUGAUGUUGGGUGAAAUAGAUUUACUUGGAACUUACAUACAACCUCUGUACGCUGAAGAUGAAGAAGAAAAAGGCCAGCCCCCCAGAACUAUACCAUAUCCAGUGCCCGUGUUUUUGAUGCUUGGCGUAUUCAUGGUACUCAUGCCUAUUCUUCUAAUGAAUCUACUCAUUGGUUUGGCUGUUGGUGAUAUUGAAUCUGUCAGACGAAAUGCACAGCUUAAAAGACUGGCGAUGCAGGUCGUGUUACACACAGAACUGGAACGUAAGUUGCCGCACGUGCUGAUGGAGAAAAUCGAUAAAGCUGAGCAGAUCGAGUAUCCAAACGAGAGAAAAACAAAAAUGGGCUUUUUGGAUUUUAUCUUGCGAAAAUGGUUUUGUAACCCGUUCUCUGAUGACGCAAUCGAAAUGGUAUUAGAAAAUAAUGAAAAUCACUUGGCUGAUGAGAUUGGAAAAGUGAAAGAUCGUUUGAAAACGAUCACUAGCUCGCUUGAAAACCAACAAACAUUUCUCCGCCUAAUUAUUCAGAAAAUGGAAAUUAAAACCGAAGAAGAUGAAGUGGACGAAGGAGUGUCAUCUAAAGAAAUGGCGUUUACAAAUAAUCUAAAUGGAAAAUGGUCUUCACCGAGAGUUAGGACUAAACUUAAAUCGUCUUUUAGUUUUUCUAAAUGCUACACUAAAUAG